UUUCAGUGGAUUUUCUGCAAUCUAAGCAGAGCCGACCUGUUUUUGCAACAUUACCCAAUCAGGGCCACAGCCGUGGCUUGUCUUGUACAGUUGUCAAGGAGACUGUCCGCGCACAGGCUGUCUCGCUGCCCCUCCCUGGGGAUCCUGUGUGCUCAUUUGCCAUGCAAAAAACAAGGUGCUGCCAGAGACCCAACAACAAACAAAGCGGAGCUGAAAGGAGGAAAGGUACAGCUGUUAGCACCAGGACCACACCGCUGACAGAAAACCACUGUGUCGCAAAGACUAGCUCACCUGUUUUGCACAUUUAGCCAUUUCCAUAUGGGCCGCCGGUGCUUACAAUUUUAUCACUGGAUUACGGUCAGAAGAGGAACGGCAGUGCCGGUCAGUCUGGGAUUUUGGGACUUUUAAUUGGUAACUACAGACAGUAACUGAGGAUUGCAAAGGCCUGGGUCAGCUCAGGACGCUCCAGACUAUGUACCUGUGUGCUAUACCAGAGACGACUCCAAACCACUUCAGCAAAUCAGGAGCUUGGGAGUGAGUCAGUAACCUGAUACAAAACCAGAGAGACCCAAAGAACGAGCGCAGGACCGGAUUACGAUGGGGGCAUUUGUUCUCUGGGUUUUCUUGGAAGUAUGGAGUCAAGGACUUCAGCAGCCUCAAUGCCAGAUGUGAAAGCCACACCAUGUGACUGCUCAGUGGCAGGAUCUCCUGCUGGCUGCAGCACUGACUUUCAAAGAUGUCUGUGCAUCCUGCCGGCGUCCUUGUCGGUCCUUGGAGAUCCCUUGUCAGCCUUCUCCAGUCCAGCUGCUGUGCCGUACAGCAGCCUGCACAGUGAGCAGGGGCAGUGCCAGGUCAUGCCACGCUGCCACGGCCUGGGUCCGAGGUGCUGUUCCACGAGCAGCAUGCAUCCUCUAAAGCACGUUGACCCGCGCCUGCUCCCUGUAGAGGAGUGUGCUGCGAAGUGGGCCAGCCUGUGUGUGAACAACACCAGGAGCAGGUUGUAUCGUAGCAUGGAGAACCUUCACUGGACCGCCGUGUCAGACUCCAGUCUGUACAGUUUCAGCCCUCCAUUCAAAAGCGUGGACAGCGAGUUUAUCUUUCAUUGCACAGCCACCAGUCACUGGUACGACUCCUCCUCUGAGGAGAGACCUCAGAGGGACCCCUUGUACUCCCGGAGAGUGCCUGUACGAAGAGACCUCCCUCUGUUUACCAGGGCUCCACAGUGGCUCUUUCCUGCACUGGACGAGAAGAUCAUGAACGGAGAUGCCAUAAGAGGGUUAAAGGAGAAGCUAAGACUUCAAAGCAUCAAGGUCUCAGAGCCCAAGAAACCGAUCCGCCCCUCCCAAGCCUCCUCGGGUGAGACACUUGUUAAGGAUUCUUUUGAAAACGGGUCUCCCAGGAAGUGCAGAAGCACUUGUUCAGUAGACUGCUGUGAGGGGCCUGAGGAGCACUCCACGCCGAGUCAAUGCAGCACUGCAGUGAACAGGCAGACAUUCUCGUUUGCUCGCAGGAUAACCAGCCCCGAGGAGAUCAAGCAGGAGGUUAGGAGAAGACUGCAGCUCCGGAGGCAGAGAAGCACCCCAAACCUGAACCUCCAUUCAGUGGAGCAAUGUGGAGAAGCAGUGAAAUCCCGAACGUCUGAGUCCAUUACGCAGCACAGCAGCAAAGCAGAAUGCAGGGAGCUGUCGCUGAGGGCUGCGGGCAGGAAGAAGUACACAAAGGGACGGCUGCACAUCCCUACUUUUGAGGAGUUCAAGAGAAUGCGGAAUAGAGAGAACGGUCAAGCCUCAGCCGUCGAGGGGGCGGCGCAGAAACAAAGCAAGGGAGGCUCUUGGGCAGAGGAAGGGGCUGCUGGUAAUCCAGUCACAGAGCAGACAAGCGAGGGAGGCUCUUGGGCAGAGGAAGGGGCUGCUGGUAAUCCAGUCACAGAGCAGACAAGCGAGGGAGGCUCUUGGGCAGAGGAAGGGGCUGCUGGUAAUCCAGUCACAGAGCAGACAAGCGAGGGAGGCUCUUGCGCACAGGAAAACUUAAACAACAUGUCUCCUGCGGACCCAGGAUGCUGCUCAGAGAGGGUGGAAUUUGAAAGCACGUCAUUUGACAGCAGGGGUCCUGCGGAACAGCUGAAUUGUCAAGAGGACAGUGCAGCCUCUGACAGCACCUCGGGGAUCAAGACCUGUCAAUCAGAGAGUCUAGUCAGCCCAAUAUGCACAAGUCCGAUUCCGAGGUCUCCGUUACCCCAUGGGGGAGGGAGUGGGGUAAACCAACAUCAGAGCAAAAAGAAAUUUAGCAAAGACUUUUCCUUUCGGGAUGAACCUCAGGCAGCCGAGACCCAGUCCACCUGCUGCCCGUCGCUGCUGCUCGAGGCGACUGAUCUGUCCAGCUACGGGGCUAAAAUCUGCAAAAUGAAAGAGGGGUUCAUUGGCUCAGCUUUCGAUCUGAUCAAGAAAAGCUGCAGUGUAGAAACCGCUGCCGAGGCUCCGGUCACGGCCUCACAUGACAAAGCUGACAUCACUGCUCAAGGGGAAAGCAAUCAAUCCAGAGCGGUUUCCAUGACAACGAAGGCCUGCAACAUGGAGACAAAUAUCCAGCCUUCUGGAACACAACCUGCAGAACCUUGUCACCCCAGCCCUGCUUGCCGGAGAUCCAGCUCAGGCGCUGCCUCUGACGCCUCCGAGUCCGUGAAGGCUCAGAGAGAGUGCCGGCUGCGGCCCCACUUCAGCGACCCCAUGCCUGCCGACGCUGCCAAGAGGAAGCAGCUGGAGAUGAAGAUCGCCGCAGCAGCCCGGCUUCACAGCCAGCGACGGCAACAGGAGAGAGAGGCCGGUCUGGUUGUUGCCAAAGCGAACAGCGUUCACAACUGCGGGUCAGAGCCCAGAACAGGGCAGGACGGGGGCAGCACAAACACCCCCCACCGAGCCAAGCAGCGUUGGAGCAGCCUGAGCAGCGACAGCGGGGUCGUGGGGCUGACCAAUGACAAGGAGGAGGAGGAAGAGGAGGAGCUGCGGAGCGAGGUGGAGCGAGCGGACAGCGGCAUCGGAACAGCCAUGGCACAGAACUGGAGGAAGAGGCAGACAGAUAUCAAAGCCUGGGAGUCUCACAGACCGUGCUCGGACUGCGGGGAGCGGGACUCGGUGUCAGAGCCCGGGGCGGGCAGGAGGGACAGUCUGUGUGAUAAAUGUGCGAAGCUGAGGAUCGAACGUAAGGAGGCCAUCCUGGAGUUCAUGAGCACGGAGUGCAGCUACGGGGAGGAUCUGAGGAUCAUCAGGGAGGAGUUUUACAUCCCCAUGCAGACGGCUGGACUCCUGACCUCCGAGCAGCUGUCUGUGGUGUUCAGCAAUGUCCAGGAACUCCUAGAAGUGAAUGAGAAGUUCACAGAGCUUCUGCAAGCUGGUAUCGAUCAGGGAGAUGAAGAUCUUCUGAGUGUGUGCAUUGGCGAGAUAUUUUUAGAGUUUGUCAACAUGCUUCCAGCAUUUCAGACCUACUGUCUCCAGCAAUCCACUUCAAUCAACAUGCUGAACACCUUGGAGAAAGAGAAAGAGCUGCUGAGGAUCUUUCUCGACGUCUCCCAAAAUGAUAACAGCGCUCUGCGGCGCAUGAACCUGCGGUCCUUCCUGAUGGCGCCGCUGCAGAGAGUCACCAAGUACCCCUUACUGCUGAGCCGGAUCAGCAAAGCCACCACAGAGAAGCACCCGGACCACAGCAGCCUGCAAGAGGCCAAGAGCCGCGUGGAGUCCCACCUGGAGCACAUCAACAUGAAGAGCAAGCAGGAGGGCGGCUCCUGGUCCCUGCGCUCCUUCCGCCGGGACAGCCGCAAGAACAGGAAUGUGAUCAACAUCGAGAUGAGGGAGCUUUCCUUGAAGAGCACGGGCUGGCCGCGAGAGAGCACGCGCUUCGUCAUGGAAGGCCAGAUGCAGCUGUCCCAGCCCGCAGACGGGCAGUGGGUCAGGAAGGGCAGCAAGGCCCUGAAGUUCCAGAGCGUGCAUGUGCUGCUGAUGAUUCACAUGAACCUCGACGGGGGGGUAUCUUUGGACAGCUCGGCCCAGCGGGAGCCUGUGAGGGAGGCCGUCCUGGUGCUCAUCAAGGACAAGAGCAGCGGGAAGUUGGCAGUGCUCAGAGAACCCGUCCGUCUCAGCAACUGCGUGGUGUCCGCAGACCCAGACUGUGACGACACCUUUGAGCUGCUCGACAUCCAGCGUGAGGCCUUCGUGCUCCGAGCGGCCGAGAGGUCCCGGACGCUGCAGUGGUUCCGCCAAGUCAAGAGGUACUCCCGCGAGCUGGGUCUCUGGAAGAAGAGGCGCAACGCCCUGCCGAACAUCAUGAUCAGCACUGUGCAGACCCGCUCCUAACAUCACACUGUGCAGACCCACUCCUAACAUCAUGAUUGGACCUGCUCCUAACAUCACACUGUGCAGACCAGCUCCUAACAUCAUGAUCAGCACUGUGCAGACUGGCUCCUAACAUCAUGAUCAGCUCUGUGCAGACUGGCUCCUAACAUCAUGAUCAGCUCUGUGCAGACUGGCUCCUAACAUCAUGAUCAGCAGUGUGCAGACAGGCUCCUAACAUCAUGAUCAGACCGGCUCCUAAAAUUAUGAUCAGACCGGCUCCUAACAUCACACUGUGCAGACUGGCUCCUAACACCAUGAUCAGACCCACUCCUAACAUCACACUGUGAAGACCAGCUCCUAACAUCACACUGUGCAGACCAGCUCCUAACAUCACACUGUGCAGA